UUGAUUUGCUCAUAUUGAUCCAUUCGUCAAUCCAGUCUGCCAGUCCAUCAGUACACUAUUUGUUUCUGAUAAAUAGCUGAAGAACGUUUCGGCCUAUAGAAGUCAAACUUCACAGAAUGAUUUCCUUUGGUAAGUAGUUCAACCUAAUUAGUUUGGAGUUAGUAGGUCAGUGUUGAAGUGGAAACCACAAACGGUUUCACUGGUCUAAGGUCAGUGAUGAAAAGUCACACAGACGUACAUGUAUAGAGUUGGUUUGACUUGCGGUUUUCAAACUUUGUAUGAUGAUUCUCAGUGGUCAGUAGAUGUCUUGAAUUGUUUUAGGGCCAAGGUCACCGACUUUGAAUCACUUGCUCCUCACCACUGUUGGUUCAAAACCUAACUGGUUGUGUAGAAUUCUGUAGCUUGAGCAGUCACCAAACUUAGGGGGAAUGUCUGUAUUUCUACCCAAUACAGUUCAAUACAAAACAGUACAGUAAGUCUCACUUUUCAUGACAUGGUAUUAUAUAUUUACAUCCAUGUUUAUAAACAUUGUGAAAACAUUUUAUGAAGAAAUAUGAGAGACUACAUGUAAAAACAUAGGAACAACAAAAUCCUAAGAUUUUUAUGUUUAGAUGGCAGUGUUACAUAACUAUUAAAAGGUAUCCUUUUUCAAAGGAAUGACCAUUUGGUAUAUGACUUUAAAUGGUUUUGUAUGAUCUACAAAAGAUGUAAUAAUAAGCACUAAAAGUUAUCACACAGUAUAAUUUAAAUUAAUCUUCAAGAGUAGCUGGGAGUCAGUACAACCUACUUAACUAUCUGACUGCAGUUAUUUAACAAUAUAUUAACCUGCUUUAUUUUUUAUGCCUAUCGGAUCUUAACCCAGCCCAAUUAUAUUAAUAUACACAUGGAGACUAUACCAAGUUCGGUUUAAUUUAUACAAUGGUAAAAUACAGAAUUUUCUGUAAUACAAGCUUCCUUGUUAGACCCCUACUGGUUGAAAACCAGUUCCAGGAACUAUAGGAUUACGCUUUUCCAUCCAUCCGUCCGUCUGUUAGUCCACAUUCGUCUCUGGUCCAUAACGCAUGUAAAGUGCAGUUUUGCAACAAAAAGUUGAAAAAAAAAUCUCCAAGGCCAUAACAACAUUUAGGGUCGGGUAAAAUUUAGGGUAGGUAGGGAUACCGGAAACAAACAAAUUUUUUACGCCUAUUGAGACGAUACUGAUCAUGUUUAUUCCAUUACUCUGUCAUCCAUCAAUGUAUUUUAAUAUUUCUUAGCACAAAAUGUUCCCCAUAAUGAGACCACUUGUCAUCCGCAAUAUCCAGACCCCUAGCUUUAAAGAUCAAGGUCACUUUGAUUUCAAAAGUCAACAUUAACCAUUUCCUGUCUAGACUGUGUAAUAUUUUAGUUAUCUUUUCUUGUCCUGUCUGCAGCUCUUUUUGCUCACCAGAGCACAAAGUGCUCAAGUGAGCUAAUGUGAUUAACAUGUGUCCGGCAUACUGCGUCGUCUGUCGGCAACGGUUGACGGUUAACACUCUAUAGGUCAAAAUAUUGCCCAAAUCGUAAUAAACUUCGUCAGAAAGUUACCCUCAAUAAAACCUCGAACGAGUUCAUUACUGGGUCAUCUGGGGUCAAAAACUAGAUCACUAGGUUUAUUAAUAGGAAAACCUUGUUAACACUGAAGACAGUAGAGGCCGCAUUUUCUACCUCAUCUUCAUAAAACUUUGUCAGAAUGUCUUUAUGAAAUGUUUUUAUAAAAUCUAGGUCAUUUUGAAACUGGGUCACCUGAGGUCUUAAACUAGAUCACUCGGUCCAAUCAUUGAAAAACCGCGUUAACACUCUAGAGGCAACAUUUUCAAUUUGAUUAUCAUAAAUCGUUAUCAGACUAUUUGUCUCCAUGAAAUAUAGAAUAAAUUUUAUGUAUGUCCAUCAGUCUGUAAAUUGUGCCCACGCAAUUAUCUUCUUAACCACAACAAUUAUCAACCUCAUUAAGGUUGAUCUUGGAAUAUUUUCAUGAAACUUGCGUCAAUCGUUUAUCUCAUCAAGACAACAUGCAGAUACACAACCCAGAUCACUAGGGCCUAGGUCAAAGUCAAACUUGAAGGUCAAACAUCUUAAAUUUGUGUCUGCUCCGUACCUUCUAAACCACCGGGAAGACUUUCAUAAAAUUAGCAUCAAUUAUUUCAUCAAGAUAACUUGCAGAACACACAUGCCGUACUACUAGGUCCAAGGUUAAGAUCUCACUUUUGGGUCAAAGGUCAAAUGGCUUCUUUAAAAAAACUUUAUGUCCACUUCAUAUAUCGCCGUAACCGAUUGGAAUAUGUUCAUAAAACAAGCAUCAGAUGUUUACCCCAUAAUGACCACAUAGAGAACACAUGACCCGGAUCACUAACUCCCAGGGUCAAGAUGACCUUUACAGGUCGAAGAUCAAACAGUUUACAUUUGUGUCAGUCACAUAUCUCUUAACCACUGGAAGGAUUUGAUAAAAUUCGUACCAAUUUUGCCCUCUUACAGCACAUAGUAUAGGUCAGAGGUCAAGAUCACACUUUGAAGGUCAAAUGCCAUGGUCAUAUUUUACUUGCUCCUUUUAAAAAGACGUCUGGGUGUAUUAAUCGCCUUAAAUGACCUCUGUAGUUGUGUGAAGCUUGACAUGAUUUAUUGUGGUUGACAGCUGUGCUCAUGUUGAAAACUUCGGAUUUGUUUCAAAAUUUGGUUAAAAACUGAAGGUUUCCCAUACCCUUAAUGUUAAAAGUACUUUCCCUUGCGUCAGAUAUUUUCUUUGAUAAUGAAUAAAUUAUAAAAUAUUUCAUGCAGUUUGAUAAAACAAUACUUCUUGAUUAAAAAUCUUGUUCUUUACCCCAUUUAGAGACGUUUCCUUUUUUGGCCAUUUAAGGGCAAAAGUGAACCUACUACUUCAGUGAUCAAAAAGCGAUCUAUGCUUUAUUGACAUCUAGCUAGUGUUGCAACUACGUCGUAUUUAUACAUUUUAGGAGAUUUAACUUUGUUAACUGUGUCAGAGAAGUCUAGUUUUUUUCCGGAUAUGACUCAACUGGCAGAGUUUACUAAAUGAUUAACACUUGAAAGUAAAUUUUAGUUUACUUAUAAGUCUAGUAAUGAGAAUGUAACUCACAAUAAGUAAUACAUUAGGAUUUAUGUAGCUGAACAUCUUUAUGUGACAGGAGGCGAUGUUUGCAUUCAACAAUGACAUUAAAGUCGUUUUAGUUGAUGUGUUUCAAAUAUAAGAUCAGUAUGGAUGUGAACGUUAUUGUGAUAAAGUGUCAGAUUUUAGUCUUUAUCAUCUUUUCACAGGAACCGUAUGUUAAGGCUGUACGAGAUAAUCACGAUUGCCACGUGUCUUGGACAUGUGUGAACUGGUGCGACCAGAAUCUUUCAUACAUUCCGAAACUACCUGAAAACACAGAAUGCCUGAUUUUUGAAUAUAAUAUGUUACCAAAUGUUACGCAAGGAACAUUCAGUAACGUGAGUAAACCUGAGAAUAUGUUGCAAUUAUAUCUUUGGCAUAAUGGCAUCACCUUUCUGUCAGAAGAUGCAUUCGCUGGGUUUGCCCAUUUGGAGUACUUGGAUUUAUCUAGAAAUAAAGUUCAGAAUGAUGACAUUAUGCUACUUCUCGGGAGUACCGCCUCAAACAGUCAUCUAAAAACCUUAAAGUUAAACUCGAUGAUGAAUUUGUUGAUUCAAGAGGAUACGUUUUCACUGAUGAAUGAAACCCAGCUUACUGCUAUUCAUCUUAGGGGCAACAAUAUAAGAAACUUUUCUAAGAGCAUAUUGCAAAGGAUGCUUAACAUCAGGACACUUGUCCUUGAUUUUAAUCUAAUACAGGAUUGGGAAUUUCCGGAAAUGGUGAAUCUGUAUGAACUUACAAUGAACAGUAAUAGGCUUUACCGUGUUCCAAAUUUCUGUUCGACGCACACAGACUCAUUGCCUUUAGUGCCUAACCUAGGUCAUUUAGAACUCGAUUUUAACAGAAUUUCAAGUAUCACCAACAAUACGUUUCAGUGUUUAAGAAAUCUUACACAUUUUAGUAUAGAAGGAAAUUUUUUGUCACUGAUUCCAAACGGUGUUCUGUCACGAACCCCUAAUAUUAUCUUUUUCAAUGCAAACCAAAACAAUGCACAUAAAGCACACAUUGAGCCUAGGGCAUUUGUAUCACAGACGUUACAAACUCUUGACAUCGGGUUUGACGGUGCCGCCCAUUUGAUAUUCAUUUCUGUUUCAGAAACAUUUAAGCAUUUACCUAACCUAACAACAUUAGAAAUUGAUUAUAUCAAUAUGUUUAGUUUGUCAGAUACAUCUUUGUCAAAACUCCUUUCGCCUCUGACAAAUUUGAGAUACUUUAAAUGUUAUAACUGUCGGAUUGCACAUGAUCCACUAAUCUUUCUUGAAAACAAACACUAUUUAACCAAAAUAAAUCUAGAACUGAAUGAGAUUAAAACAAUUAGCAGUGACACGUUUAGAAAUAACCCUUCUUUAAAACAAUUAUAUUUAAGUGAGAACAAAAUUGGGCACAUGAAGCAAUCAAGAGAGUUCUUAAAUAGUUUAGAGGUUGUAGAUCUUUCAAGGAAUCCUUUUGAGUGUGACUGCGAGUUGCAAUGGUUAAUAUCAUGGUUUCAGAGUAAUCAUCAUACAAGGAUUUCUAAUCCUAACAAAUACAUAUGUUCUUCUCCAUCAAAAUUGGCAGGGAAGCGAGUGGCAAAUAUCAAAUUUAGCUACAGACAAUGUCACCCAUUUAGUACUGUGGAAUGGUUCUGUAUGAUAGGUGGACCAGUUAUUAUUGUAAUAGUAAUUACGUCCGUUGUCAUAUAUCGCAAUAGAUGGAAUAUAAAGCAUUACAUAUAUCUUAUGAGAAAAAGGCGGAACUAUAUACAAGUGGAAGGAGAUAUUUACGCGUAUGACGCAUUUGUUGCAUAUAACCAAGACGACUCAUUGUGGAUUCGGGAACAUCUUAUUCCAGCCUUGGAAGAAGAACACAAUUUGAAACUAUGUAUACAUGAGAGAGACUUCCAGAUUGGUGCUUUCAUCAAUGAUAACAUUGUAAACUGUAUUGGUGAAAGUAAAAAGAUUAUAUUGGUCAUGUCUAAUGCAUUUGCCACAAGCGGAUGGUGUAUGUUUGAGUUGAAAGUUGCCAUCUCAAAACAUAUUGAAGACGGGACAAAAGUCAUUGUUAUUAUACUAGAGAAAAUACAAAACCGAAACAUGAGUAAGUCGCUUAAAGUUCUUAUAGAAACAACGACCUAUAUCGAAUGGACUGAAGAUCAUGCUGGACAAGAUCUUUUCUGGAUCAAGUUAAAAGACGCAGUGGGAAUAUAG